UUGCCGAGCGGCCCUCGCACCGCGGAUCGGACCUCGCUGACUUUGGGUGGCAAGCGCCGCCACUCAUCACGCUGCCGACCGCCCGAGCCCCCUAGCUCGUCUUCCUCCGAGCGCCUCCACCGCAGUAUCCCCCUGGACCAGCAACCCUUCUACUUCUGUAGCACCGCCCCUGUGGAACUGGAAUUCACACAGAAAAAUGGCAUGAUUUUGGUGUGGUCGAUUUAAGCGACAUCUGAGUUUCCUUGGAGGAGAUUCCAUGCUGCCUUCCCGGGAUGAAAGGUGGUUUUCUUCAUAGGCUUCUUGUCAACAAGCUAUGCUUCGUCCUUUUGGCUCUCCUCGUUGUGCCAAUUGUUAUUUUGUUACUAGGCACAACGCAGGAGCAGCUGAGAGUUUUCUCACAAGGUUUCCUACAGCAGCAGGGGUUGGGGCAUCUUGGAGAUAAUGCAUCAGCUCCAGUUGGGUUUGCAGAUCCAGCUGAGAGAAGAAUAACCAGACGGAACAAAGACUGCAAUUAUGCAAAAGGAAAGUGGUUAGCAGAUGAGAAGCGGCCACUCUAUUCUGGUAAUGAGUGCAAACAAUGGCUGUCAAAGAUGUGGGCUUGUCGGAUGAUGCAACGCACAGAUUUCUUCUAUGAGACUUAUCGGUGGCAGCCACAUGGUUGUGAGAUGCCUGAGUUUUCAGGGCCCAACUUUUUGAAAAGGAUGAAGAAUAAAACUCUUGCUUUUGUGGGUGAUUCGCUCGGUAGGCAGCAAUUUCAGUCCAUGAUUUGCAUUGCAACAGGUGGUAAAUACAGCCCAGAGGUUGAAGAUGUUGGAUGGAAAUAUGGCCUUGUCAAAGCUCCAGGUGCUUUAAGACCUGAUGGUUGGGCUUAUCGAUUUCCAGGGACUAACACCACUAUCCUUUUCUACUGGUCUGCUAGUCUGUCUGAGCUCGAAACUUUGAACACAACAAAUUCAGUAACUAGCUAUGCGUUGCAUCUUGAUCGGCCAGUAACAUUCUUGAAGCAGUACGUGCAUAGUUUUGAUGUUCUAGUACUUAACACAGGCCACCACUGGAAUAGAGGCAAGUUCGUAGGGAACCAUUGGGAAUUGUACGCUGAUGGGAAACCUGUAGGGAAAGGUAGACUUGCAGACCUUAACCGUGCAAAGAAUCUCACCCUGUACAGCAUUGCAAGAUGGGUAGAUUCAGAACUUGCAAGCCGUCCUCAGAUGAAAGCUUUUCUGAGAACAAUGUCACCAAGGCAUUUUGUAAAUGGCGACUGGAACACUGGGGGAAGCUGCGGCAGCACCGUUCCCUUGUCGAACGGGAGUGAGGUUUUGCAGGAUCAUUCAAAUGACAUGCCUGCAGAGCAUGCUGUGAAGGGGACCCGGGUUAAGCUUUUGGAUAUCACUGCCAUCUCGCAACUACGAGACGAGGGGCAUAUCUCAAAUCGUACCCUGAGAGCCCCAACAGGCAUUCAUGAUUGCUUACAUUGGUGCCUUCCUGGUAUACCCGAUAUGUGGAACGAACUGCUGUUUGCACAGCUUUAGACCUGUAUAUUACACUCCAGUAAGGGGAUUUUUCUGUCAGAGCCCCAAGGAUCUGUUCUGUUACUGCUGGCAGUCUGAUAGUACAGAGUGACCAACUGCAUGCUUUCUACCAGCAUGUAUAUGGAAUUUGUUUUUUGUUCAUCGAUACGGAGGCGGUUCACUUCCCAGAAUUUGUGGUACAGAUUGGCUUCAGACCAGAUAUGUAAUUCGUGUUACAGAGUAGUCCCAGGGCAUGUUGAGACCUGUAUUUUGUUUACAGUAAAAUGGCACCACAUUCAGCAUUCACCAUGUACGGUAUAUGUUCUGUAAAAUUAUUCAUACCAGUCGACCAAAGUGAAAAGUGAAACUUUGGAUUGAUGUCUGUGUACUCAAAAACUCCUACCCGUGUAGCAUUUCAGGAGUGCAAGUGCAGAACUGCACUCCUGUAGCCGAUCAAAUAAUUUGAUUUUUGCCAAGGGUA